AUGGUGGAGACGCUGACGGUCGCCGUCCUGGGAGCAGCCAAAGUAGGCAAGACGGCCAUCAUCCGCCAAUUCCUGUACCACGAUUUCACGGACAAGUACAGCCCCACGGAGGACCGCUACAUCUACCGGCCGUCGGUCAUGCUGAACGGAAACUCUUACGACCUGAAAAUCAUGGACGUCCCCUACGUGGCGGCUUUUCCUGCCAACAGUUCUCAGGAGUGGUCAGAUCUGAAGUGUUGGGGCCUACGAAACACGGAUGCCUACAUAUUGGUCUACGACAUCUGUAGCCCAGAGAGCUUUGAAUACGUGAAAAUGCUCUGUCAGCAGAUCCAGGAGAACAGGACAAGCAACAUCGGCGAAGCCCCCGUCAUUGUCGUGGGGAACAAGCGGGACUUGCAGCGGCAACGUUUCACACCGCGGCGGACGCUCGCCCUGCUCGUGAAGAAGACCUGGAAGUGCGGCUACAUGGAGUGCUCGGCCAAAUACAACUGGCACGUCGUACUCCUUUUCAAAGAGCUGCUGUGCAGCACCGUGGCCCACGGUUGUAGGAGCAAUCACUCUGCGGUGCGCCUCCAGGGGGCGCUGCACACAAGCAGGUGCAGCCUCAUGUGAGCUGGGAGUGGAGUACGGACAGUUGGUGGGUUUCAAAAUUUUGUACUACUGGUUCUGUGGGAGGGGGGGUGUCUUGGUGGGCGUGGCAUGGCACGGUGGGCGUGGCAGGGGAAGGAUACUGUAAAAUCUCCAUUCCCUCCCCAAUCCAGGGGAAAGUUACUGCAAAAUCCCCAUUUCCUCCCGAUCAGCUGGGUCUCGGGAGGCAGAGAAUAGAUGAGGGCAGGGCCAGUCAGAAUUUUUUACUACCGGUUCUCCGAACCACUCAAAAUUUCCGCUACCGGUUCUCCAGAACCGGUCAGAACCUGCUGAAACCCACUUCUGAGUAUGGAAUGGGUUGGACGAGGGCAGGUGAGGUCCUGAACGUUCAUCUAAAAAAGGGGUGUCAAACUCAAUUUCAUUGAGUUCCGCAUCAGGGCUGUGGUUCAGUGGUGGGUUGCUACCAGUUCGCCCCGGAUCGGGUGAACUAGCAGCGGAAGCAGCGGGAGGCUGCGCCCACCCGCCCAGAUGCCUCUGUGCUUGUGCAGAAGCAUCAUGCCUGUGCACGAGCGAACCGGUAACAAACUCAAUUGAAACCCACUACUGCUCUGGUUGACCUCGGGGGGGGUGGGGUGGCCAACUGGGUGGG